CUAGAAGAUUAUUGUGAUGCUGGAAAACACAAUUGUUCUAUCAAUGCAAACUGCACAGCGGCAGCAGGCACUUUCAAAUGCUCAUACACAGACGGUUACCAAGGUGAUGGCGUGAUAUGUGAUCGAGCGUGUAAAUUGGGGUGGCACCUAUUUGGAGGAUCAUGUUACCAUGUAUAUACCGAGACCAAGUUAUGGCAGGAUUCAUCCCUUGCCUGUCAAUCAAAUCAAGCCAAUUUAGUGUCAAUUACCAGUCUGCAAGAGAACAACUUUGUUCAUUCCUUGAUAAGGAGUGCUGUAGUAAGUGCUGUGUGGAUUGGCUUGGCCAGAUCUGGUUCACCUUCUACUCUUUCAUGGUCAGACGGCAGUACCUUAAGUUACAAUAACUGGUACCGCAAUGAGCCAGACAGCUCAGGGGACUGUGUUUAUAUGCGUACUAGGGAUAGUAAAUGGCUGGAUGAGUCAUGCACAUUUACCUUAGGUUUUGUUUGCAAAUCAUGACAUCCAGCUGAUCUCACAAGUAAACGUUAGCCAAUCAGAAUCGAGAAAAUUUACAAAACUGAAGUGCCACUUUUCCUCUUGAAAUCAUUUUUUCUGAGUUGUGUUUUUUUUUAUUCCAAAUUUUUCGCUGGUCAAUUUUUCGCAGGCUCAUGACACCUCAGUUUUGCUGUGACGUCAUUGCUACGUCACUAUUUCAGAGUUUCUUUAGUUUCUUUAUCGGGAAAAGGUUUAAAAGGGCUUUAAGCACUUAACCCUCGUAAGAAGAUAAAGCUAUCUAAAUAUAAAGAAAAGGUUGAUGUCGUUGGUGAACUGAGAUUUUGUUGCAUAUUGCGUGCAUAGAAGAAAACACGUGGAGACAAAGUUUGGUAAGACGCUCAUGCAUAUGUACGAGCAACAAAACGUUCGCCAACCGUUUUUGAAAUAGAUGUUAUACCAAUGGAUUUGGUUCGCAUUCAAUUGUUAUUUCUCUUGUGAAGACAAAGAAGCAUCAACAUAUCAAAAACAAUUUCCCCCCAAAUACAAUUGUCGUUCCGUUGUGGCUAUCAACCCUUUAUCCAUCAUGAUAACCUUACCUUAUUUGAAGCUUUAAAUGUUGAAAAGACGAAAUCAUAAGACGAAAAAACAAAAAAAGAACUGAGCGUUAAGUCCCGCGUAGGAAUAUAUGUAUUAUACUAAAUUGACAAGAAAAGUCAACAAGUUUGAGAAAUUCAAUUAAUACCUUCCCAUGUUUGGUUAACAGUUUAUCUCAAGGGAUGACCAAUGGGAACUUUAACACCUCGCAUGUUCUCCAGCAUUAAUUCAUUGUCUUAAACUUGAAAGUAAAAAUGAAAAUUUCAAAAAUAAUAAGUCUCGUAGAGUGCAUUCAGUCAAACUUUUGAAUAGUUAGAUAAAUGUAUCUAACUUAGAUAACUAUUUAGUUGACGUCACCUAAAAUAGUAAAAGCGCGCCAAAUAACGAUCAUGCUAAUCCGGGCGGUUGUUUUACRAGAGAAUGAGUGAAUAGACAUUCAUUUGUAUCAUCGUUUCUCCCCCUGAUCUCAGUAGCUGUUUAAAAUUUAGGUGACGUCACCUAAAAUAGUAAAUAACUUAUCUAAUUUAGUUGACGUCACCUAUUCAACAGUGAGACUAAAAGCACUCUAAAAUAUAGUAACUAACUUAUCUAAUUUAGGCGACGUCAACUAUUCAACGGUUUGACUAAAUGCACUUUACCCAGAGCCUGCGUUUCUUCUGGCCUGCGGCGAAGAAAGAGGGCUCUGGCAUAAUUCAUUCUUUGAGACCAGGAUUUCAAGGACUUCCAGUAAAGUAAAUUAAAUUAAAGAGUUUCUUGUUUAAAGUAAAGUAGUUGGUGGCUUUACGGGCUUCCUGUGGUAACACAAACCGUGUGUACAAAUUUGGGUCAAUUAUCCUUUUUUCAUUGUAUCUUUAGUUGUUAAAAGAAACAUAUUUUAAAGAUUAAACGGCUUAGAUAAUUCA